AUGUACCGUCGCGUCACUGUUCACUCAACUGCGACUGCCGCUACGACGACAUCUGCCGCCGCUGCCGUCACUUCACGAGUGCGGGGCAUCUCCGAAUAUAAAUUCGGUCAAGUGCCGUUAUCUGAACGCUGGUCCGGGGCCCCAAACCCACGCCCCGCAGCCGCCGCUCAGGCCGGAAGUACACCGGCACCUGAAAAGGUGAAAGUUACGCAACUCCACAAUGGCGCUCGGGUGAUUUCUCAACAGCGGCAUGGGGCUAUGGUCUCCGUGGGGGCGUAUAUUCUCGCUGGGCCCGCGUAUGAUCCCGUGGGGUGUCCGGGUGUACAUCAUCUCCUGCAUCUCGCACUCACCACAAGUAAUUAUAAUAACUCAUUGUUUCAAUUGGACAGGAGUAUUCGAAGCACUGGAGCAGCAUUCUCUCAUUUUGAAAAGGAUAAACAUUUCAUUGGUCUUCGACUGGAUGCACGCAGUGAUAUGUGGAGAAGUCAGAACAAUAAUAAGAAGGGUGAACAGAAUCAAUUCAACUUAAACCUCGUUCAGGAUACUAUAUUUACAGCUAUUGCAGCUCCUCGGUUUCAUGAAAGUGAUAUUGAACGUUUCCGUGAUACUUUGGAUAAUAAUCUAAAGGAAUUGAGAUGGCAACAUCCGUCCCAAUAUGCUAUUCAACAACUGGAGACAGUUGCUUUUUAUAAGGAACCCCUCGGAAAUCCACGACAUGUACCAGAGAAUAACAAUGGACAUGUAACCAGCAAAGUACUGUUAGAUCAGUACUCCAAGUAUGUGACUCCUGAUCGUGUGGUUAUUGCUGGUGUUAAUGUUGAACAUGAUGAACUCACCGCAGAAUAUGAGAAUACUCCAUUUCCACACUCUUCUACAGCACCUCAUCAUGCUGCAUUUGCAAAACAAAAUACUAAGCCAGAGUUUGAUUUCAAUAACGAACAACGGCAAUACACAGGUGGUGAAAAGCAUGAGCAUGAAAACCGUUCAAAAGAAAUGGGAACAAAUCCGGAUAUGGAUAAUGAAACUAUUGUUGCUGUUGGUUACCUCGGUUUUGGUCGUGGAAAGGCAUCUCUUAAACGGUACGCUGCCUCUCUCGUAUUUCAGGAACUCUUUAACAUUGUUAUUCAAGAUGCCGUCCGUUAUGAACGCACUGGAUCACAUGAGGGUGUACGUUCUUUCUAUAUGCCCUAUCAAAGUGCUGGUCUUCUUGGCUUCACCGCGAGGUCUGAACCUGAGAAUAUUGUAAAGAUGGUAACAGCGGCUAUGCGUGACCUACAAGGUGUUAAGGUGGACGAUGCGGCGGCAUUGGAGACGGCGAAGCGUCGCGCUGCUGUGGUGGUCAGCAGUCAGAACUGGGAUACGGUUCGUGAUCUUUGUGAUUAUAUGGGUACCAGCCUGCCUCUUGUCGCUAAUGCGCAGGACUCUACACAAUAUGUAAGUCCCGAAGAUGUUCUUGAGGCUAUUCGAUCUGUGACUCCAGCGGAGUUAAAGCAAGUGAAGGAUUGUGCAAUGGGAACCAAGCCUUCCUUGUUUGGUCAUGGUGAGAUGCUGGCGUUCCCGUCUUUGCGUCAGUUGGGUUUUUGA